AUGGAACACAUAACCGUGGAAUAUUAUCGCGCCGGCACUCCUUAUCUAUCUCCAGAAGCUAUUGAGGAAAUAAUUCAAUCUCGGGGGACUGUUAAAAAUGUAUGCAGGGAAAUGGCUGAUAAAUAUGAUACUUCAACUCGUAGAAUUUAUGAAAUUUGGAAAAGACAUGCUCAAGAAUUACCCCUGCGCAAACAACAAAUAAUACAUAGU